AUGUGGCAUAGUAACAAAGUCUGGUACCCUAAUGCGGACAUUCACGCACUAAACCAUAGCGCCCACGAGGACUUUGGUACUGGGCCCACGCCGUCAAGAGGAUGUCGCCGUUCAUUCCCAUGGUCUACCGCCCUUCCCUCUGCUGCUAAGCAAAACGCCGUCGCAGAGGCGUUGAUCGAAGGUCGCCGUCCUGAGCAUAAGGUAUUUCAGUUCCCAGUCUCUCGGGUCGCGACUCUUUCAAGUCUUCAGCCCGUCACAAUACGACUUUCAAUGGUACCAUGGACGGCGGUAUUGUGGAACAUCGGAUUUGCAACUGGAGGGCGAGUAGACGAGUGCACAUCGCCAUUUGCCGUUGAACGUUGA